AUAAAUAAAAAAUCCCAAAAAAUUAAAUGCAAUAAAUAACAAAAGAAAUAAAAUUUAUAACAAUAACACCUACAACCGUUAUCAACGUAGCAAUAGUAAACGUGAAACAGUUGCAAAAUUUAACAACAAUAACAACAAAGCGCAACAUGCGCUUCAAACCGAGCAAUACAGUUGCAGUAAUUGGAAUGCACACCGUUGCGUGCAGCAGCGCCGUCGACAGCAGCAGCGACAGCACUAUGUCGACAACAACAAAAAUCAACACAACAAUGGCAACGGCAACGACAAGGGGGCAAAGGGCAAGUGACCAGCAACAAGGCUGCGCAAAAUAUGCGACACAGCGCGCUUGUGGUAGCAGCAGCGCGCAACGGAACUUCACUUGCGCAGCGGCUGCGAAAGCGCAAACGCCGCGAACGGAAUCCGCAUACCGCCUGACAGCAUCCUUCACGCCCCGUUGCCUGUUACUCGCGUUGCUGCUUUGUUUCACACACGCUCUAGGUUUAAUUCAAUUAGUGCAUGCCGCCUCGUCCGGUGUUACAAGUACGGAGGCAUAUUUCAAUGGUUCGGCCUACCUGCGACUGCUGACACCGAUGCCAAUUUGGGAUCAUUCCGCCAUAAGUUUUCGCUCCUGUCGCGGUGGUGAAAUUUUAGCUCAACAAUAUAAUAAGAACUCUUUCGUCAUCACUGUGCUGAGUGAUUUUCUGCAAGUCUCACUGGCCGGUCCGGCGGUGAUUGGCCCCAACAACCGUUUAGAUGUUAAGCUACCCUACCACUUACUCGACAAUCACUGGCACACGCUACAGUUCAAGUACGAAUAUGGUAAUCUCUACUUGUACAUCGAUCGCACGUCGUUAGUUUUCGCGAAUUCCACGUAUAACAGCCAAUUUCUGACUAAUCAAGAUAUCGGCAAUGAGGCGGCUAUUUUAAUAUUGGGCAACUCAUUUAGCGGUUGUCUACAAGAUGGACCCGGUUUGCUUUUCAUCAAUGGCUCUGUGCAGAAUGUCGUCUACGGUCCUUGUCCGUUGAGUACCGGUCCGUGUGGCGAUCAUGAUACACUCAUGCUUGGACAAGAUAAUUAUUGCUCAAAUAAUCCGUGUAUGAGUCAUGGUCAGUGUAUACCGUUAAAUGAUGGUUACGAAUGCCGUUGUACGCCACGUUACACGGGUAAGAAUUGUCAAAUCGAUAACGGUUCGCCGUGUGCGCGUAAUCCCUGCGCGAAUAGCGGUAACUGUACCGAAGACGUGCGCGGCGAUUAUCAGUGCAAAUGCACAACGAAUUACAGCGGACGCAAUUGUGAAACGGAAAUCAAUGUGCAUCCCGCCUGCCAACCGAAUCCGUGUUUAAAUAACGGCGCUUGCAUUGUAGCGCCGGGUUCGACGAAAGUCGAGUGCGAAUGUGCCAAAGGUUAUGCGGGUGCGCGCUGUGAGAAUGAUGUGGACGAUUGCGCUUCGCAACCUUGUCUGAAUAACGGACGUUGCCUGGAUUUGGUGAAUGGCUUCACAUGUGAUUGCCGUGACACCGGCUUCACGGGUCCAAACUGUCAAACGAAUAUCGACGAAUGCGAGGGCAGUCCGUGUAAACAUGGCGGUCGUUGUUACGAUCGCUACGGUUGGUUCAUCUGUCAGUGUCCCGAUGGUUGGGCCGGCGAGACGUGCGAGGAGCCAACGAACUGUAAGACGCAACAGUGCUUGAACGGCGGCACCUGCGUGAAUAAGACGAUCGGCUUCUAUUGUCAGUGCGCGCCCGGCUAUAGCGGUGAACUGUGCCAGCAGAGCCCACCGUGUCCGCAGUGUCCCAUCGACUCGGAGUGCAUUGGAGGGAAAUGCAUAUGUAAGCCAGGCACAACGGGCCCAAUUGGCCAUUGUUUACCAAUACCGACAACACCGCCACCACCACCAACAACAACAACAACGACGACCACAACAACAAGUACAACAACCGCAGCGCCACCACCAGCCAAUUUGGUGGUUGCUAAUGCAGCAAAAACAACAGCCGCCGCGGCAACACAAGCAGCUACAACAACAACAACUGCUACUGCAGGACAACUGACAGCGAACUUAACAGCACCAACAACCACAACAACAACCGCAACAAUGACAACAGCUAGAAAUAUUGCAACAAACACGGCAACAACAACAACAACAAUAGCAACAAAAACCACACAUAAUCCGCUAUUAUCACAUUUGGCUCAAUUGAAAGCAUGCCCCCCCGAUAAUUGCUUGAACGGUGGCACUUGUAGUGGCAGUGCUUCAAAUUUUACUUGUUUAUGUGCUAGUGGAUACACAGGUUACAACUGCGAACUGCCCGUCACAGAUGGUCCGACGAAUGUGCCAUUGACCGGCAGCGGCGGCGCCGUCGGCAACAGUCCCAUCAGCGCCGCAGUCAAUUGCAUCAAUGGCGGCAAGUGUUUGAAUGGUGGCACCUGUUCAAUGAAUGGCACACAUUGUUAUUGUGCCGGUGGCUUUUCGGGCGAUCGCUGCGAGAAAGCCGAACCUUGUACGGCGCUCAAUUGCCAAGAGCCAAUGGUAUGCCAGUUGAAUAAGUGCGUUUGCCCGGAGAAUAAGAUUUGCACGGCUUGCUCGGCACAGCCGUGUCGCAAUGGUGGCGUCUGUACGGAUCUGUCGAAUGGCGAGUACACGUGCAGCUGUACGUCUGGCUGGACGGGUCGUACGUGUACGAAGGAUGUGGAUGAGUGCGCCUUGGAUCCGAAUAUUUGUGGCAAUGGCAUUUGUAAGAAUGAAGAGGGCUCGUACAAGUGCUAUUGUACGCCCGGUUUUACGGGUAAACACUGUGACUCGGAUGUGGACGAGUGCUUGAGUCAUCCGUGUCAGAAUGGCGCGACCUGCAACAAUAAGCUGUUCUUUUUUAAAUAUGGAAAACAUCGGAUUUUGAGACAAAUCAACGCCUACGAAUGCGUUUGCCAGCCCGGCUACACCGGCAUAAAUUGCGAAAUCGAUAUCAACGAAUGCGACAGCAAUCCCUGCACGAAGGGCUCGACUUGCAACGACAUGAUCAACAAUUUCACCUGCUCCUGCAUACCUGGCAUGACGGGCCGCUUCUGUGAGAAUGACAUAGAUGACUGUAUCUCGACGCCUUGUCAACACGGCGGUCAUUGCAUAGACGAAUUGGGCGGCUUUCGUUGCGAUUGUGCUAACACGGGUUAUGAGGGCCAACUCUGUGAGUUAAAUAUCGAUGAAUGCGAAUCGCAACCCUGUCAAAAUGGCGCUGCUUGCAUAGACGAUGUAAAUGAUUACCGUUGCAAAUGUUAUCCGGGCUAUACGGGCAAGAAUUGUGAAAUCGAUAUUAAUGAAUGCGAAAGUAAUCCGUGCUUGUAUAACGGUAAUUGUUUGGAACGUUCGAAUAUGACACUAUAUGCGCAAAGUCAAACAACGGAUUUGCCAGAGUUCUUCAGGAACCAAUUCUCCUAUCAGAACGCGAGCGGAUAUGAAUGCGUUUGUGUACCAGGUAUUAUGGGCAAGAAUUGCGAGACCAAUAUUAAUGAGUGUGAAGCGAAUCCGUGUGGCAAACACGGCACCUGUAACGAUGGUAUCGGCACGUAUACCUGCGAUUGUGACCCGGGCUUCGAAGACCGACAUUGCGAGACCAAUAUCGAUGAGUGCGACCGGUAUCAACCCUGUGGCGCACACGGCACCUGUAUCGAUGAGAUCAACGACUAUACUUGCGAUUGUGAUGCUAAUUACGGCGGUAAGAAUUGUUCGGUGCCAUUGAUAGGUUGCUUGAGCGCACCAUGUCAAAAUGGUGGCAACUGCAAGCCAUAUCUAGUCAACGAAACCGAGCAUCUUUUCAACUGCACGUGCCAACAUGGUUUCCAAGGAGAUAUUUGUGAGAAGACAACGACGAUUUCAAUGGUUGUGAGUAGUUUAAUAACGGUGAAGACGCAACGUGAGGAGGGUUAUGAUAUAAAUUUACAAUUUAAAACCACAUUACCCAACGGUGUACUAGCUUUUGGCACAUCGAUCGGACACAAUGAACCCGUUAGCUAUAUAUUGGAACUGAUUAAUGGUCGCCUGAAUUUACACUCUUCGCUGCUUAAUAAAUGGGAGGGCGUCUUUAUCGGCUCUAAAUUGAACGAUAGCAAUUGGCAUAAAGUAUUCGUGGCUAUAAAUACUUCGCACCUGGUACUUUCAGCGAACGAUGAGCAAGCCAUCUUUCCCGUGGGUUCGUACGAGACCGCAAAUGGCAGUCAACCGUCAUUUCCGCUCACGUAUUUGGGCGGCACAAUACCGAAUUUGAAAUCAUAUCUACGCCAUCUGCCGCAUCGUCCGUCGAGCUUUGUCGGUUGCAUGCAGGAUAUUGUCGUUAACGGCAAGUGGAUCUUCCCCGAGGAGCAAGGCAACGAAAUAGAUACGAAUUUGACAAAUAUACAGGCCGGUUGUCCGCGCAGCGAGCAAUGCAUACCGAAUCCGUGUCAUUCGAAUGGCGCAUGCACGGAUUUGUGGCAUACAUUCUCGUGCACAUGUCAGCGGCCGCACUUCGGACACACCUGCGAAUACAACAUAACUGCGGCCACAUUUGGCCACGAGAACACCACACAUUCUGCUGUUGUUGUGGAGACGAACGACUCGGCUCGUCGUGCCAUACGUUCCAUACUUGAUAUCUCCAUGUUUAUUCGCACCCGCGAGCCCACUGGUCAGGUCUUCUAUUUGGGUAGCGAUCCCAAGAAGAUCACACCCAAGGGAGCAAAGCGUUUUAAAACCAAAAAUCUCUUUUUUAAAGCUGACACUGGCGAAUCAUAUGUAGCCGCCGAACUGCAUGGCGGCGAAUUGCUGGUAAAAAUGCAAUUUAACGGCACACCCGAGGCAUACACUGUCGGCGGCAAUAAGCUUGAUAACGGCUACAAUCAUCUCAUUGAAGUGGUGCGUAAUCAGACGCUCGUACAGGUCAAACUCAAUGGCACUGAGUACUUCCGUAAAACACUCUCCUCCACGGGUUUACUCGAUGCGCAGGUGCUCUACCUCGGCGGACCACCAGUUGGCGAGCAAACACAAGCGCCAACAACCACAGGUACAGAUCCAGCGUCAGUGGCGCCCGAAGAGAAUGUCGUAAAUAAUGAGGUCGAUGAGAAGGACUACUUCAAAGGUAUCAUACAGGAUGUGAAAGUAAGCAAUGGCUCACAUACGAUGAUUGUUGAACUGUAUCCCUUGAAUGAAGAUGACUUGAUCUUGCCGCCCUCGUUUGGUGUGGUUACUAUCGAUCGUACAUCGGUACUGAAAGGUGAAGUAACCGAUGACUUGUGUCGUAAGAAUCCCUGCAAGCACAAUGCCGAUUGUCGGAAUACUUGGAAUGACUAUGUAUGUACCUGCCCGAAUGGUUAUAAGGGCAAGAAUUGUCAAGAGAUCGAGUUCUGUCAACUGGUCCAGUGUCCGGGUAACAGUAAAUGUCAGAAUCUCGACGAUGGCUAUGAGUGCCUGACGAACAUCACAUUUAAGGGCAAUGAAAAGAAUCCUUUGGCGUUCACUUACUUCGUAGAGCAAAUGCCGGAUGAACCGAAAAUGUUGGUGCAACCGGUUAUAGAGAUUGCGUACAGAACACGGGCUGGUGGCACACUAUUUUUCAUAGAAAAUGGUGAGAGCUUCUUUGAAAUCGGCGUGAAUCAAGGACAGGUGACGGUUACUUGGAAGUUAAAUCAAGAGGCGUUUGGCGAUACCAAGCGCUUUACCAAAGAUACAUCCGAUCCCAGCCUUAUGGAGAUGACAAACGAACCCGGGUGGAACCGUAUUUAUCUACGCGCGCAAAGCGGCAAACUCGAGGGCGGUUGGAAGGGCUGGGAGAGCAUGGUCGAUCCGUCGCCCGCUUUCUCCGCAGAUAUCGAUCAACAGGCUUUCCAAGAACUACUCUCCAGCGACACUCAGGUCUAUCUCGGUGGCAUGCCCACUGAUAGUCGGCAAGCGCGUGGCAGCAGUUCAGCACAGCAGGGCUCUCAAUUCAAGGGUUGCUUGGGUGAGGCACGCGUUGGCGAUCUCCUGUUGCCUUACUUCUCGAACGCCGAGAUGUAUCCACGCACUGAGAACGUUUCGGUGCAACCUCACUCACAAUUCCGUCUCAAUUCGACCAAACCGGAUGAGGGUUGUGUGCUGUGCUUUAAUACGGACUGCAAGAAUGGUGGUUACUGUAGCUCACCGUCCGAGCAGUAUGCCUGCACGUGUCUGCCUGGUUAUGAGGGAGAGGACUGCGGCACCGAUAUAAAUGAAUGCCUGAAUGCGACUUGUGAAAAUAAUUCCACUUGCAUUGACAAAGUGGCCGACUUCCAGUGCCGUUGCUUGCCGGGCUACGACGGUCGCUUGUGUGAGCAUAACAUCGAUGAGUGCGCCUCACAGCCCUGUCAUAAUGGUGGCAAUUGCACAGACCUAAUUGCCGCCUUCCAUUGCGAUUGUGCGGAGGAAUAUGCGGGUGUGCAGUGUGAUUUCUUGAAGCAGGUCACCUGCGAUAAUUUGCCCUGCCGCAACGGUUCAACUUGCGAGGAUGGAUUUAAUGCUAAUACCAACAACAAUUUCACGUGCAACUGCUUGCCUGAUUUCGAGGGACCCUACUGCGAUGUGCCUUUCUGCGAAACGACGCCGUGUCUAAACGGUGGUCUCUGCAUAUUCGCCGAUGCCUAUACACCACUGUGUCAGUGCAGUUUGGGUUAUAUGGGUCACCUAUGCGAAAAGGAUAUCAAUGAGUGCGAACCCAAUCCAUGUCUCAAUAAUGGCAUGUGCCACGAUCUCAUCGGCGCUUAUCAGUGCAACUGCACCGGCACCGGCUUUGAGGGCAACAAUUGCGACAUCGAUAUCGAUGAGUGUGCAUCGGGCAUUGAGUACUGUGGCGGUUUGGGACGCUGCAUCAAUUUACCGGGUUCAUUUAAAUGCAUCUGUCAGGAUUCCUUCUGCGGUGUCUAUUGCAACUUUACCGAUCCGUGCAAGAUUGGUGAGGGUUCACCGUGCAUGAAUGGUGGCAGCUGCCUGGAGGCGUGUGGCGAUGAAGCGGACUAUACGUGCACCUGCAAGGCCGGCUAUGAGGGCAAGGACUGCACGCUGGUGAUGGCCGCCAAAGAUGAGGGCCCCUCCACUGCCGAUAUCGCCAUCAUUGUUAUACCCGUGUUGGUGGUGUUGUUGCUUAUUGGCGCGGCGCUGUUGGGCACAUUCUUGGUUAUGGCGCGCAAUAAGCGUGCGACGCGCGGCACCUACAGCCCCAGCGCGCAAGAAUACUGUAAUCCGCGUCUAGAAAUGGAUAAUGUGUUGAAGCCACCGCCGGAGGAGCGUUUAAUUUAGUCGUUGAAAGUUAGUUAGCCUUCGUUUCUUUUUACAUUUUAUUUAUAGUUAAUGUUGACUUGGCACGUAAGUGAUGUAUGAAAGAAGUAAAACCGUUACUAUGAAGUCUUUAUCCGCCCAUUAAGUAUAGUUAGAGUCAAGAAUUAAGUGUUUAAGCGUACUAAUUAUGAAAUAUUGCUCACUAAAGUGGCUUG